GGCGGUGUUAUCUAGCGAGGUGUGACGAGUGUCCAGUCCUCAUAUAUGGGACGCUGCCUGUUUUACUUGGCUCAAUCUUUGUCUCGCUAACCAUCAACCAUGGCUAUCUUGUCUCCAGGAGUGAGAGGAUUGGUGUGCGUGUUGAUGAUGGUCGCCAUCUGUCCCCCGCGGCCUGCACUGCUACAUACCCUCCACCAGGAGGAAAGUGCGCCAUCAUUCCCGUGCCCAGAGAGUACGGCUAUCCAUCCCUGCUUGUGUUUGUAUGACUCGCCCUCAGGCACCCUUAACCUCACCUGCAGCAACCUCGCCAGCUACGAGCAGCUUGAUAACAUUUUUGCAGCAGAUUUCCCCUUCACCAAAUUUAAUUGGUUUCAACUUCAAAAUUCCAACGUAACCUCACUUAAAAAGGGCCUAUUUCGAGAUGUAUAUUUCAGCCGGAUGGUACUGAUAUUCAACAACAUUACACUGAUAGAGGAAGGAACGCUGGAAACUAUGUACAACUCACUAGAGUAUUUCCACAUCUCUGAGAUAUACGAUGGGGACUACCAGUGGCCACUUCCAGACCUAGCUAAGUUCACCAGCCUUAUUGAGAUUGGUAUUAAUGGGCCAUAUGAGACACUGCCUGUGCUGGAGUCCUCGUCCCUUACCUCUGUCUUCCUGGGCAUGAGAAAACUUGUAUCCUUACCAGACAACCUUUUCACUUCAACCCCAAACCUACAAUUCAUCACCUUCCAAGAAACCAACGUAAACAGUAUUCAAGGGAACACUUUUAAGUUGCUUUCAUCAUUAAAGAAGAUUGAGAUAACCAGGAGUGGCUUAGCCUCCUUGACUGAGGCUUCUCUUGCAUUUGGUUCCCCUGAUAUGGAAUACAUUAACAUUAUUUCCAACCCAAUAGAAACUAUUGAGGCUGGAGCAUUCCAAGGUCUGUCUGGGUCAGUGACGGUUAAUGUUUCUCACAAUUUAUUGGAACAACUGACAGAAAAUGUUUUCUCAGAGCUGCUAAAAAACACAACAGAAACCAUCGAUGUGUCAAAUAACCCUCUUCUUUGCGGGUGUGAUUUAUAUUGGCUCAUCAACAUCACAGAUGCGGAUCUUAAUCGCCUUAAAGGUCUAUUACCUUCUUGCGCAAUCGAAAAUGGUGUUUACGACAGAGACACACUUGUGGACUUUAUGAAGUAUCAAUGUUCAUGAACAGCAUGAUUACCUUCAUUAUUAGCCUCCCAAUAUUACACAUGUUCAAUCAGCUUUGGCCUUACAUCUGAAGCGUGCCAUUGGGAAAGAUUGAAAUAGAAAAGUAAAGCGAAUGAAGCCCUUUGAACAGAAAAGCAAACAAAUGAACUCUUAAAGGUACACCACGCAGUAUAGCCUGUCCUCUAUACUAGACACAAAUCUCUUCCAUGAAAUAGCCUAGCUAAGCCAAAAAGAAACACAAGCAAUGUUCGAAGCAGGCAUCAGGACUAUGUACAUUGUGUAGGAGCCUGAAUAUACUCAUGGAAGCAUUAGUUAUAAUGCAACCAAGUUCUUGAAGGACUGCAAGGUUCGCUGCUGAGGAUUCUCAACACUUCAAGGGAGGGCAGAAGGAUCACUGGGCACUGCAUCAGAGCCAAGACUUUAGUAACAUUCUAAUGAUUUCAGUGAGGGAGAAAAUAAUCACAAUCAACUGGUGAAUGCUACUAGUGAAUAGAGUGAAUAGCACUAAAAUUUCACGAAUCAAAAAGAAAUUCAUAGUGAAGAUUUGCUUCUAAGGCAGUAAGAGAAAUGGAUGCCAGCACCCUUGUUUCAAUACCAGAGAGACUUACUUGUUCGGAUGCCAUUUUAUGAAUGUUUGGACGAUCUGGAAGGGUUAAAGUUCAUAUAAGCCAAAAAUAGAAUAGACAAUGUGCUCAUUAAGGAAUAAUUACUAUUAACUAAAGCAGUAUUUUCUAUUAAUUUUUGUUAUACAGUGGGGGCUCGACUUACGAAUUUAAUCUGUUCCCAGAGACAGGCUGCAAGUCAAAACAAAUUUUCUCAUAAGAAAUAAUGUAAAUUGAAUCCGUUCCACACCCCCAAAAAUAUUAACUUAAAAAUACAUUUUAUACUGAAUACCACUUUUUUUC